UUUCGUUCAAUUUUAUGGGCUUGGUUCGACGGUAGUCCCGUUGUGUUAUAAGUCACUGGGCUUAUUUAAAAUUUCUGUCAAUAAAAAUCGAAAAAAAAAUGUUCUUGUUAGGGGGUUUAAUCACUUACAUCUUGCUUUUAUACCCGUUAACAUUGGCGAAUCUGGCUGAUGAUGAUAAAUUUAAAGUUGUGAGCGGGUUUAAUGCCGAGCUGAAGGACGUGCCAUAUCAGGCCUCAGUGCGCUUAAUCUGGCGGGAGAGAAAGCGAUUGGGCAGUGGCCAUUUUUGCGGUGGGACUGUCAUUAGUAGUCGCGUGGUUGUCACAGCAGCUCAUUGCCUAUCGUAUUCAAUACGACCUAGUGACUUGGUGGUUGUAUUGGGGAAUAGAUUGCUAAACGCCGUAAGUCCAACAAUGCGUAUGUUUCAGAUCGUAGGAUGGCGCAUACAUCAACAGUAUUAUAAGCAUCACAUCGAUAUUGCAUUGAUAUUCACUUCACAUGAUAUAAGACCCAUUGCGGGGGCUAUCGCGUUUCUGCCCCUUAAUACGAGGGCAGUCCCCGAGGGUACCAGCUGCCUAGUGUCCGGCUGGGGUCGCACCGUUCACAAUGUGUCAGGGCAUACGAAUGCUCUGCAAGCGGCAUGGAUACCAAUUGGCAACCCAGAACAUUGCACAGAGUUGUAUAAAAGCACUGAUGUAAUUUGUGCCGGCUUUACGUCGAUGGUUGGGUCCAGCUCCUGCAAGGGUGACUCAGGCGGCCCGUUGAGGUGCGACAAUGAACUGGCGGGUAUAGUCUCCAGGGGCAUACAUUGUGGUACGAGACAUAGGCCAAGCGCGUAUACAAGUAUUCGGUAUCAUGCCAGAUGGAUACAACAACAGAGCCAAUCUUUCAAUGGAGUUUUGCCGCUCCGAUCGACUUGCAUCCAGGGGCAAGUGGGUCUCGCUUUCAUCAUCUAUGUGACGACCAGAUGAAGUUCUAAAUAAUUGUUUGACAGUAAUUGUACGGCCAGAGUCAGAGCAGCGUGCUGCGUGGCAAAGUGUUGACAGACGACAGCUGCAAAUGCAGCAAACAGCAACAGAAAUAAGUCCAUGGUAAUAAAUUGCAUUUAAGCAAACAUUAGUUAAAUUAACUGUUAAUUUCAAUAAUCGGCCACAAAUUGAACUCAUCGUCCAUGAAUCCAUGAGCUGCGGGUGCUGGGGGCGGGGCAGAAGCGCAUUAAUGCGAUUAUUGUUGAAAUGCCAAAAUGGAAAUUCUAUUCGACGUAGAACAAGAAAAAAUAGGAGUGAGCAGGUCGAGGCAGGAAACCCGAAACCGAAAUGCGACUCAUAUCCAUGUCCCGCAUAAAACGACACUGCGAAUUGCGGCUGCCAUCAGUAUAAUCAUAAGCAUAGUCAAUAUCAGCAUUGACAUCAGCCAGAAUGGACAACCGGAAUCGAUGUAUUAAGUAUUUGGCUUGCUUCCGAACCAAAUUGCACCGGAAUACUAAUUUAAACACAGAUACAAAUUGGACGAAGCUGUCGCCUCUACUCAGAGAGUGUUGGCUAACGCAGCGGGCAGUCUCCGCAGGGAGGGGCAGACGGGGCGGGUUCUGCUAGUGAAUUUUUGUUUGUCUCUCUCUCUCUCUCUCUCUCUGUGUGUUGAAAAUUCGAAAAUUACGUGACUGCAUUCGCAAAAGAAAGGCGCAAAGAAUUGUUGGAAUGUAGAAAUUGGGCUGCGACUGAGCUGAAUUUUAAAUGAUGAGCGUCGACGCGACGUGUGGUAGGGGAAUAGUCGAAAUAAAAAGGGCGAUUUAUGGGCUAUGGAGGGGAGAGGAGAGGAGGGGCGGGACUUGGCUAAAGAACUUUCGAGCCGCUCUAAUUCAGACCGUGUACCCAAAGGGUGCACGCACGCAGGCCUUGACCGGCUCGACUCAGGGUCUGGGUCGGGUCGGGUCUCUCCCUGUCUUUCUCGGUUACGGGUCUGCAAGCCGUGUCUGUGUGUCCUGGCCAGCCGGCAGGCUCAAACUGUGCGGCAAACACACGAAUAUAUAUCAACAAACAACAUUUGGGUAAUAAUGUUGUUAAUUUUUUAAGUUGAUAAGGCCAAAGGGUGUCCAUACACUGAGCGAAAAGGUCAAACAAUGUGGCAAAACCACUGUGGCAAGUAUAAUGUAUUUGUCUGGCAUUGUUGAACCAUCUAGCUAUUUAAAUCGGAAUCAAUCAGGCUGACUAUAGAUUUCCUCUAUUUUCACAUCAUUCCUCUCUCCUUACUUGGAACCUAUCCGUAUCAAGGCUGAUCUUAAGUUUUUAUAUGAAGGCGUUUUCCUUGCCUUGUCUGCUCUAAUCUUCGCUUCUCUUCAUUUGUGUUAAAGUUCUCUCCGAAAGCAAACAUUUCUAUCUAUCUUUAUACCUAUUAUAUAAUCAAUCAGGCUGAUCAUAUCUAGGCUUCUCGCCUCUUACCUUUUGCUC